AGAGAGAGGAACUGGGGUGAGCAAGCAUUGUGGCUUUAUCUGUUUCCUGUUUCAGCGAGGCUUCUGCGCAAAGAGAAACAGUACCAAGAAGGGAAAUGCUAAGGGGACGCAGAGCCAUGGAUUGAAAGCUUGCACUUGACUCGGCUGCUGUCUUGCCCCAUCUGAGACCAGAGCCAAGAUCUACCCAGGAGCUGGAAGGCUUUUCUGAGCUGCUUGGGUUGGAGCCUGGGACCCAAGAUCCCGACAGCUAUUCCAGGAACUGGAAGCCAAGCACAACAGGUGCUCAGGAGCUCCUCAUGAUCAGCCCAGACCCCAGGCCUCCUGCUGGCUUGGCCCGGUGGGCCGAGAGCUACGAGGCCAAGUAUGAGCGCCGGCAGGAGACCCGUGAAAGCCGCCGCUGCCGCCCCAACAUGACCACUUGCCGCCAGGUGGGGAAGGCGCUGAGGACCCAGCACACAGAGCAGCUCCAGAGAGCCCGACAGCAGCAGUUCUUCAGGAGAAGGAACCUGGAGGUGGACGAGAAAGACAAAAUACAGAGUGGCCCGGACAGGGAGCAAAGUCCCUCCAGGAGGACAGGCCAGGAGGCUGAACUCAAGAAGCUCUUGGCUUGGCCCAACAGGAUCCCUCCCCCCAGACAGCAGGUGCCAGGGACCAGCUCUGAGGUCUUUCCAACCCAACAUCACCCUCCCUCAAGCGUCUGGAGGGAUCUGGACAAUCAUCUCCCCUCCCAGGCCCAGGGCCUUCCACCACAGGACUUUGCCAUCAAGAAGCCACCCAAACACCAUCGUGGCACUCAGACAAAGGCAAAAGAAGCACAGCCAACAACUAAGAAUGAUGCCAGUCAGCAAACCAAUUGUGGAGUUGCGGUUCUAGAUAAGGAAAUCAUCCAGCUUUCCGAGUACCUCAAAGAGGCCCUACAAAGAGAGCUGGUUCUAAAACAGAAAAUGGUGAUUCUUCAAGACCUACUGUCCACCCUGAUCAGAGCCUCUGACAGUUCCUGGAAGGGACAGCUUAAUGAAGACAAAUUGAAGGGCAAACUGAGAUCCUUAGAAAACCAGCUGUACACCUGUACCCAGAAAUAUUCCCCUUGGGGAAUGAAAAAGGUGCUGAUGGAGAUGGAAGACCAGAAAAACAGCUAUGAGCAGAAAGCCAAAGAGUCGCUGCAGAAAGUGCUGGAGGAGAAAAUGAGCGCAGAGCAGCAGCUGCAGAGCACGCAGCGGUCCCUGGCUCUGGCUGAGCAGAAAUGUGAGGAGUGGAGGACCCAGUACGAGGCUCUGAAGGAGGACUGGAGGACCCUGGGGACCCAGCACAGAGAGCUGGAGAGCCAGCUCCACGUGCUUCAGUCCAAACUGCAGGGAGCAGACAGUAGAGACUUGCAGAUGAACCAGGCACUGCAACUUCUGGAGAAUGAGCACCAGGAACUGCAGGCCAAGAUUGAGUGCCUACAGGGAGACAGGGACCUGUGCAGCUCGGACACCCAGCACCUACAAGAUCAACUAAAGAGGUCCGAGGAGGAGAAACUCGCCCUGGUGACCAAAGUACAACAGUUGCAGAGUCUGCUUCAGAGUCAAUCCUUACAGCUUCAAGAGCAGGAGAAACUCUUAAUAAAGAAAGGGGUCCUCUCAUUGACAGGGCCCUUCCUCAGAGAUGUGGGCCUCACCAUCACUGAGAAUCUGGCUGCUUUUUUAGAUCAGGCUUUGUCUGUGUGGAGCCCAAAGCCCUCCCUUAACGAAGUGGAGCCUGAGGGUACAGGGAAGGAGAAAGACUGGGAUUUCAAAGACCAGCUGCAAAAGAAGACUUUGCAGCUCCAGGCCAAGGAAAAGGAGUGCAGAGAACUGCAUUCAGAGUUAGACAACCUCAGUGAUGAGUACCUCUCCUGCCUGCGUACGCUGCAGCACUGUCGAGAAGAGCUGAACCAGAGCCAGCAGCUGCCUCCCAGAAGGCAGUGUGGCCGAUGGCUAUCAAUGCUGAUCUUGAUGAUUGCUAUAGCACUAGCAGUGUUCCUGGCCAACAAGGACAGCCUGAUGAUCUGAAUUAACUUGUGACAGCUGCCUUGGGUGAAAAUCAGAAGCAAAAAACUCAAUAAAAAACUCAAGAAGGUUUGGAUACUUUCAAGUGUGGGUUUUCCCAACGCAACUGAGAUUUCUAACUUUAUUAUUUUUUUCCACCUACUGUAAAAUAAACAAAUAAACUUUGUCUGACAA